AUGACGAUCAAUGACACUUCAUCCAUUGAGGUAUCACCUCUUCACACCUCAAAUGUUCAGUUUCAGUCAGAAAGGCAUGGAAUUCUCAACGUAUUAUUGCUUGAAAACAUCAAUGACAGCGGCAUACAGCUGCUCGUUGAACAAGGGUACAAUGUGGAAGCUAUCAAAACCUCCCUACCUGAAGCUCAACUCAUCGAGAAGAUCCGGAACGCUCAUGUUAUUGGCAUUAGAUCCAAGACGAGACUGAGUGCCAAAGUCUUGCGAGAAGCACGGAACCUUCUAGCCGUGGCAUGCUUCUGCAUUGGCACCGACCAAGUGGAUCUAGACUUUGCUACUCAAAUUGGUGUUCCCGUGUUCAACUCACCAUUUUCGAACUCUCGCAGCGUAGCAGAGCUCGUAAUCAGUGAGAUAAUUGCCUUAUCCCGGCAGUGGGCAGACCGGUCGAGUGAAAUGCACAACGGGACGUGGAACAAAUCGAGCAGAGGAUGCUAUGAGAUCCGCGGGAAGACUUUAGGCAUUAUCGGGUAUGGUCAUGUCGGAUCACAAGUAUCCGUGCUGGCAGAAGCGAUGGGCAUGAAAGUCCUCUUCUAUGACAUUCGCAAUCUGAUGGCCAUGGGAACAGCUCGACAAGUUGCAGACUUGAACGGAUUGCUUCAUCAGUCAGAUUUCGUGACGCUACAUGUACCGGAACAGGCACACAACAUAAUCGGGGCCAAACAAUUUGACGCGAUGAAGCACGGGUCCUAUUUACUGAAUGCCAGCCGCGGCAGCGUCGUUGACAUCUCAGCCCUGAUCGAUGCCAUGAACAGUGGACAGAUCGCAGGCGCGGCAUUGGAUGUAUAUCCGAAAGAGCCACGCGCGAACGGUUUGUUCUUCACGGACAACCUCAGUCCGUGGAUUGAGAGGCUGCGUGAGCUACAGAACAUCAUCUUGACGCCGCACAUUGGCGGAAGUACCGAAGAGGCUCAGAGCGCUAUCGGCGCUGAAGUGCUUUGA